AGGACUGAAGGACGCUGUAAAGCGCAGCUGAUAAGCGGCUUUAAUCGGCUAAUUUGGCAGGCUGCAGGUAAACUCACCGGAGCUGAAAACACCAGCAGUCCGACGCACUCACCGCGGUCUGACCGCAGCGACGCUGGUCGUCACUCUUCAACCUGAGCUUUUAACAGAGGACACUUUGGAUUUCCUCUCCAACCUUCUGAUGAUUUGAGGAUUUUAUGCGCUUUUUGAUUUCUUCUUCGCGACACAAAAUGUUCCCUUCUCAAGAGGACAGACGCAACUUCAUCAGCACCUGUUGCAAUUAUGAGUUAAGGGUGUAGAUGCGUGUUUUAUUUUGGAAAUAGAACCAAACUCCACCUGUUUCCACCAUCUUUUACGCGGAGGAUUUUGUUGCGUAAAGUGCGCAGCGGGAACACUCUGAAGCUCCAAAGUAGAGUCUGUUAAGAGUCUCCCUGACACCGUGAUGAGACCACAGUGCGGAGACCAGAGUCCGGCCCGGCCUUCAUGAGAGUCCGCUGGCCGCGCUGCUGCGGCUCGGACCGGGACGGAGCGGAGGAGCCGCGGCGGAGAUGGCGGGUAACCUGAGCGCGGAGGCGGCGGCUGCAGCGGCAGCGGCGGCUCCGGAGGCGGCCGCUGGGGGACACAACGUGCCUGCCCUGUUGUUCGGGGUGCUGCUGAUCGUUGUGAUCAUCUGCGGGAACCUGCUGGUGUGUCUGAGCGUGUUCACCGAGAAGGCGCUGAAGACCACCACCAACUACUUCAUCGUCAGUCUCGCGGUGGCGGAUCUGAUGCUCGCGGUGCUCGUGCUGCCGCUCUUCGUCUACUCCGAGUUCCAGGACGGCGUGUGGACCCUCAGCACCACCCUCUGUGACGGCCUGAUGACCAUGGACGUGAUGCUCUGCACCUCCUCCAUCUUCAACCUCUGCGCCAUCAGCGUCGACAGGUUCAUCGCCGUGUUAAUCCCUCUUGCCUACAACAGGAAGCACGUGGACCUGCGGCAGGCGGUGCUGCUGUCGGCCACCUGGAUCAUGGCACUGGCGGUGGCCUCACCCAUCAUGUUCGGCAUCAACAACGUGCCGGGCCGCGACCCCACCGAGUGCAAACUAGAGAACGACGACUACGUCCUGUACUCGUCCGUGUGCUCCUUCUUCAUCCCGUGUCCCAUCAUGCUGCUGCUGUACUGCGGCAUGUUCCGCGGCCUGCGGCGCUGGGAGGAGGCACGUAAAGCCAAGCUGAAGAACAGCAUCACGGCCUGCCGCAAGCUGCAGGAGGCCGCCGCCUCGCUGCCACCGCUGGCCUCACUGCCGCCGCCGCUGCCACCCAUCAUAGAGAGGGAACUGACGGAGAAUCUGGAUGAGCCGUCCACCUUCCCGUCCACAGAAAAGCCCUUCCACUCAGAGUACAGAAGCGGCCCUGUGCAUACCGUCAGCUUCACAGAGAUCAAGUUCAACCCCGACCCUCGCAGGAGGAAGACGGCCAAGAUCAACAACCGGGAGAGGAAGGCCAUGAAGGUGCUUCCUGUCGUUGUGGGUGCCUUUCUGUUCUGCUGGACUCCCUUCUUUGUCCUCCACACGAUGCGAGCUCGCUGUCAGGUCUGCCAUGUCCCACCAGCCCUGAUGAGCGUGGUGACGUGGCUCGGCUACGUCAACAGUGCUCUCAACCCCGUCAUCUACACCGUUUUCAACACAGAGUUCAGGAACUUCUUCAAAAAGUUCCUGCAUCGCUGCUUCUCCAAGAACGCCUGAUGGCGAUGCCACUGCCACUGCUGCAUGGACGAUUUUUCAGCUGCAACCUCCGACUGUUGAUUUAUUGUCUGUAGUCUGUGUACUUGGCCAUUGUUUUCGUCCUCUGUGAGGUUUUUAUUUUUCUACAUGUGACGACAGCAAAGUUUGUUUGAGUUUUGUGUACUUGUGAAGAAGCUGAGGAACAAACUCAGAGGAAAAGCAAAACAACUACAUCACACAACCAACAAAGACUGAUUUUAUAUGUUGAAAUUCAUCUUUUCAGAAUAAAAGUUUAAAUAAAAAUGCUGGAUUUUA